CUGUAAGACCGAGUUAGCCUCGCCGCCGUGGCCGCUGCUGUUACUGCUGCUGUCGCCUUCAGAACCGAGUUUGUCGCCGCAGGGAGGGAGAGGACGAGUCCCGCUUCAGAGCUUGAGGACUCGACUCGAGGUCUCCCCAACGCCCACUUUUUUUGGCCCGGUACUAGGGGGUUUCCCUCGCCGAGGGGGCAGCGAGUGCUAGAAGCCGCAGGUGAAAAUAAGCAACUAGAAAAGAAUAUCUUUGUAUUCAACAUGUCCAGAAGAAGAUUUGAUUGCCGGAGCCUCUCAGGCAUACUGUCUACAUCCAUCCAAACUCCAAUAAAGACAGAAAACUUUCACAAUUUUUACAUGCUCACAUCUAAAGAAUUAGGCAGAGGAAAAUUUGCUGUGGUCAGACAAUGUAUUUCAAAAUCCACCGACCAAGAAUAUGCUGCUAAAUUUCUAAAGAAGAGAAGAAGAGGUCAGGAUUGUCGAGCAGAGAUCCUACAUGAAAUUGCUGUGCUGGAAUUAACAGAGUCCAGUUCCCGUGUGAUUAAUCUCCAUGAAAUCUAUGAAACUUCAAAUGAAAUCAUUUUGGUGUUGGAAUAUGCUGCAGGUGGAGAAAUUUUCAACCUAUGUUUACCUGACCUAGUUGAAAUGGUCUCUGAAAAUGAUAUCAUCAGACUUAUCAGACAAAUAUUGGAAGGAGUUUCUUAUCUACAUCAAAACAAUAUUGUACACCUUGAUUUGAAGCCUCAGAAUAUCUUAUUAAGCAGCAUUUCUCCACUUGGAGACAUAAAAAUUGUAGAUUUUGGAAUGUCUCGGAAAAUAGGGAAUGCAUGUGAACUGAGAGAAAUAAUGGGAACUCCUGAAUACCUAGCUCCAGAAGUGUUGAACUAUGAUCCUAUUACCACAGCCACAGACAUGUGGAAUGUUGGAAUAAUUGCAUACAUGUUAUUAAUGCAUACAUCUCCAUUUGUGGGAGAAGACAAUCAAGAAACAUACCUCAAUAUUUCUCAAGUCAAUGUGGAUUAUUCUGAAGAAAUGUUUUCAUCAGUCUCACAACUGGCCAAAGACUUUAUUCAGUGUCUUUUAGUAAAAAACCCAGAGGACAGACCAACAGCAGAAGAUUGUCUCUCUCAUCCGUGGCUCCAGCAACAGGACUUUGUAGACUUGUUUCAUCCCGAAGAAACUUCCUGUUCUUCUCAGACUCAGGAGCACACAGUCAGAAACUCAGAUGACAAAACCACUAAAUCUACUUGUAAUGGAACCUGUGGUGAUCGAGAAGAUAAAGAGAAUAUUCCCGAGGACAUUAGUACAGUUUCCAAACGAUUUCGCUUUGAUGAUUCCUUGCAUAAUCCCCAGGAACUUGUUCCAGAUUUGUUGUGCUAGCAACUUUCUCUUCAUCAUUUGAACUGAAUUUAAAUUCCACUGCAGUGUUGCCUAUGAGAUGUUAAGCUUUGUACCUUCAUAUAUAAUGUGCUUAUACUGAACAUGCACUUUUGGUUUAGGGAAGGAUUGAAGGAAAUGUAUUUGUGUUAAAAUAUUGGUUCUUAAUAAGAGAUCUUGUUCCCUGUCCUGGAACCACAGAACUCACCAGAGAAGAAAAUUUAAAUGAGUAUAUUUGCACAUUUCAAAUAUUACUUCAAAAAUCAAUGAUUUUGAACGUUUUUAGUUGUGUAUUCUGUAAAUAAAAGAAACUUAGUUAAGUUUCA